UGUCUCUCUCAGUCUCAAAGACUCUCUUCCUCUGCUUCGUCUCGCCGGCUUCACAGUGUGUCCGAGUACGUCGGGUUCGUGGCUCCGCGUCUCUCGUCAUCGGCGUCGCGUCUCCUGCGUCGCUGCUGCGGUGCUACCUCUCCGUCGCUGCUGCGGUGCUGUCUCUCCGUCUUCGGAAUCUGGCUCAUCCAGAAGUCGAUAUUGGAAUACAAUACCAGGGAUUGAAGAACAACUCAUCGAAUUUUGAGGAUCCAAUACUAGGACUUGAAGAAGCCGAUAUUGCAAUCCAAAUUGGGCCCUGAAAUUUGAUCCAACAAAGGUAUCCGUUGAGCUCCGCCUCCGAGUCCGGUGAUUUUGUUUGCGUUUUCCCGGCAAAUCGAAGACAUCACCAGUUGUCGUGGUUGGAUAAAGGUUCCUUCCAAUCCUUCUCAGAAACCCAAAGUUUCUUCGCUCCAAAAAAAUGGGCGGGAUACAGCAGGAAAACAGAGAAGAGAAGGUGUCUUUGGAGCUCAGUGAGGAAAUUCUUCAGAGCAUGGAAGUUGGAAUGGCUUUCAAAGACUAUAAUUGUAAAAUUAGUUCCAUGGAUUUUCACAGGGCAACCAGCUAUCUAGUCACUGCUAGCAAUGAUGAAUCCAUUCGUCUCUAUGAUGUCACUGCCGGAACAUGUUUGAAGACAAUUAACAGCAAAAAGUAUGGGGUUGACUUGGUUUGUUUCACGUCUCAUCCGACCACUGUUAUAUACUCGUCUAGAAAUGGGUGGGAUGAAUCUCUGCGGCUUCUAUCAUUGCAUGAUAACAAGUAUUUGAGAUAUUUCAAAGGUCAUCAUGACAGGGUUGUCUCACUUAGCUUGUGCUCCCGGAAGGAGUGCUUUAUUUCUGGAUCUCUUGAUCGAACUGUUUUACUAUGGGAUCAAAGGGCCGAGAAAUGCCAGGGGAUUCUUACUUACUUUAUAAACAAAAUAGGGACUUUUACGUGUACAAGGAAGGCCUGCUAUUUCAUAUGAUGAUCAAGGGCUUGUUUUUGCAAUUGCCUUUGGAGGAUACAUAAGAAUGUUUGAUGCUCGCAAGUAUGAAAAGGGUCCCUUUGAGAUCUUUUCUAUUGGAGGAGAUAUUUCUGAUGCAAAUACAGUGAAAUUUAGUAACGAUGGGAGACUUAUGCUUUUAACAACUGCAGAUGGGCAUAUUCAUGUUCUUGAUUCAUUUCGUGGCACACUU